UCUAUAAAAUCCUUAAGAAACGUUGAAUGAAUUGUUUUCAGACAUGGCAGACCUUAUGAUAAUUUGCAGAACACAUUUCAUAGUCUUUGCUUCUUUUCUUUCUAUCCUCCUUCUUACUCUCUAUUUUUCAGCUUAUAACAAUCAUCAAACACCAAAUAGUACUUUGUCUCGCGCUCCCAACACUAGAGAAAAACUUACCGGUGCGGAGAAAAUUGAAGAUGAGCUUUCAAGAGCUAGGGAUGCGAUUCGAAUGGCGAUUCAAACACGCAAUUACACGUCUAAUAAAGUAGAAGAUUUCAUUCCCAGUGGAACAGUUUACAGGAAUUCAUACGCCUUUCAUCAGUAAGACUUCUCAUUCUAUUCCUGUACUUGGGCAUUUCAUGACUUGUAUUUUCUUGUGAACACAUUACACAUGCUUGGAAAUCUUCCUUUUGAAAACUCUUGGAAAUCCAAGUACUACGACCGUAGUAAAUAUUGGAUGAUCCAUAAUCCUAAUAAACAACAUAUGGU